AUGGAAGCAGAGGGGGAGGACCUGUGGCUGGUGGUGGGACUGGGGAACCCCGGCAAGCAGUACGCGGACACCAGGCACAACGUAGGCUUCAUGCUGGUGGAUGAGCUGGCGCGCCAGCUGGGCGCCAGCCUGGACAAGCUGCAGCACAGCGCAGCGCUCGGCCGCGGCAGGUUCUGCGGCAAGCGCGUCCUGCUGGCCAAGCCCAUGACCUUCAUGAACAACAGCGGCGAGUCUGCAAACCUUAAGAGGUUAUUUCCCCUGGCACAGGUGCCGCUUGAGAGGGUGCUGGUGGUGUACGAUGACCUGGACCUGGACAGCGGGGCGGUGCGGCUGCGCGCAAAGGGCGGCCACGGCGGCCACAACGGCAUGCGCUCCAUCACGCAGCAUUUCUCCGGGUCCAAGGACUUCCCCCGCCUGCGCAUUGGCAUUGGGCGACCUCCUGGGAGCCAGCAGGUUGUCAGCUAUGUGCUCCAGGGUUUUGGGCGCAAGGAAAGGGAUGAGAUAUAUGUAGCAAUCCAGGAGGGAAUCGACAUCGUACGUGCAGUGCUCACCUUAGGCAUGGAGAAGGCUGUUUCUGGUAACAGGGUGCCUCGAUAG